AUGACGAAGACGCAGGUCAUUCUCGCGGAGCCGCCCAUGGAUACCGCUGGCCCUGAAAGUCCGCGUCAGACCGCGAAGCUGAUCAUCACUGAGCCCAUUGCCACGGGUCAUGAUCACGAAUCACAGGUCGCUUUCGUUCGCAUCACACCCGAGGAGUCGACCGGCAAGCCACCUUUUGUAGCCACAGCUAAGAUUUUCGACCUGAUGUACUACCCCUUUGAGAUAGAGGAGUUUUUAGGCCAUCCUCAGAACGUGAGCUAUGAUGCCGACCGCGAGUAUAGCCGCGAGGCAUCUGCUCUGUCCUAUACCACCCAAGUCGGCCUAGCUGGUGGUUUCGUGCCGGAGUACUACGGCUCGUGGACAUUCAACCUCGACGUACCUGGGUCCCGGGUGACCAGACCGGUUCGCCUGGUCCUGUACGAACAGAUCCGCGGAACGAGUCUAUACAAGCUAUACCGCCGGUAUCGCAAGGGAACCGAGGAGCACUUUGACGCGUUCCAUGUUCCAGAGAAGUACAGGCUUGAGGUAUUUGCCAUCCUGCUAGACGGCGAGGUUAGGUUACUGCAUAAGGGCCUCUCUCAGAUGGACCUCGCGCCGCGCAAUGUCAUUGUAUCGCCCGCGCCGGCGGUAAAUGACCCCGAGCCGGUGGUGGAACGCGUCACGUUGAUUGAUUAUGCCAACUCAAUUGUAUAUCCAUUAUCUAGGGACAAGCAGCACCCACAUCAGAAGCUUACUCUUCCAAAGAAUCCAAUGGAGUACUACCGUCGCGGAGUGGCAACUGAAUUCGAUGGGUGGGUGUCGGAUGAUUUCCCAGACUAUGAAAAGUGGCUCCAAACGACGUUUGGAAGAGAGGAUAAGGUUGCAAAGGAGGGCGAAAGAGGCAUAUAA